AUGUCUGUUCCUUUAACCAAAGUCGAUUCUGCCGUCGCUGGCUUGUCCAUAUCGGAUGAAAAGCCAAUUGAGAUAGACCUCACGCAGGAAAAGAAGGGCAAACGCCAAUCAUCGGCCGCCGCCCCAGGCGUCUGGUCUAUGGCGGACCUGGGUCAGUAUCUCUUCCCUCACUACACACACAUCAUACUAACAGCAGCAGAGAAACAAAAGAUCGAAAUCACCCUACCUAUCGAGACCCAGAAGACUGGGUGGAAACUCAACACCUCCCCAAAUACCAUCGAGGACAAAGACAUCCUCAAAAUGCUCCUCAUCAACCCCCCAGUCAAGAAGAUCGACCUCCACUUCCCCCUCGGACUCGAAGUGACCGCCCGGAACUCCAAAGGCGUCACGAUCAAGGACGCACUCGAUGUGAUCUACAAGCAAUUCAAGAAGAAGGCGGACGACGAGCUCGACAAGCCCUACCUGGCCGGCUUUGAAUGGGACAAGGAUGAGUGCUGGACCCGCUUGAUCGUCCACCAGACAAAGCAAGGCGCACCAGCGCCCCCAAGCAAAAAGUCCAAGAAGAAGGCUAAGGAAGAAGCAUAG